AUGACUGGCCAGUCUAAAGAAGCCCCCAUCCCUCCAUGGGGGCUGGCAGUUGCGGGGGCUACAGGUGCUGUCAUCGCCAAUGCAUUGCUUUACCCAUUGGACAUCGUAAAGACACGUCUUCAAGUGCAGGUUAAACAAGGAGGACUUGACGUACCUGAUUGUCGUACACCUUCUGAAAACGAUUUGGUUCAUUAUAACUCCAGCUUAGAUGCGAUUAAAAAGAUUAUCGAAAAUGAUGGGAUUAGUGGUCUCUACACCGGGAUUAACGGCGCUCUCAUCGGAGUUGCGUCAACGAAUUUUGCAUAUUUUUAUUGGUAUUCGAUAGUAAGGACACUAUAUAUUAAUUACCUAAAUAAGACUGGAGCUCUAGGAACUGCGGCAGAGCUGAGUUUAGGAGCCGUCGCCGGAGCUGCGGCUCAAGCCUUCACUAUACCUGUUGCGGUCAUCACAACUCGACAACAAACGCAAGCCAAGGGGUUACAAAAGGGUAUGAUAGAUACUGCAAAAGAAAUUGUUGAGAGCAGAGAUGGGUUAUCUGGGUUGUGGAGGGGCCUUAAAGCUAGCCUGUUUCUUGUAGUAAACCCAGCCAUAACAUACGGAACGUAUCAGAAGCUGCGGGAAUCUAUUUUCCCUCUAAAGGUGAACCUUCAACCUUGGGAAGCAUUUUUGCUCGGCGCUAUGUCUAAAUCAUUAGCAACAAUUAUUACUCAACCUCUUAUUGUUGCAAAAGUUGGCAUGCAGUCAAAACCCCCUCCUUCGAGAGAAAAUAAGCCAUUCGAGUCGUUUUUUGAGGUUCUACAAUUUAUUUUUCAAAAUGAGGGGGCGCUCGGGCUCUUCAAGGGGAUCGGCCCUCAACUAUUAAAAGGGCUGUUUGUACAAGGUCUUCUUAUGAUGACAAAGGAAAGGAUAGAACUCUCAUUCAUAUUAAUCUUCCGCUACAUUCGAAAAUUACGAUCCGAAAGAUUAAACAAUGCCGCAUACCUCGCUACAGGUCCAGUAGCUAAAACUCUUCCUCUUCUCAAACAAUAG